CUCUUACACACUCCACCACACCUCUUCUUCUUUCUCCUAGCAUCUCCCUCUUGAGUCGUCCCGGGUGUCCGAGCCUCGACCACGGCUCACUCCUUCGCGGUGCUUAUAUAGAAGCCUGACACGGCCGCCCUGGUUCGCGUCUUCACGCAUCCUUUGCACGAUGGACUCUUCGCCUGGCAGUCGUGCAGACCAAUUGCCCUCUGAGUCACCUUCGCAGCGGCCAGAGUCGACGCGGAAGCCAUCGCUGCUCCCCGCGUUCGAGCCGCUCUCGUCAUCACCGUUUCCGCGUCCAACAUCCUCGAAACGUAAAUUCGCGGAAGAAUCCCCUUCAUUCCCAAAACAGCAGCUGAAGUACUAUCCCACACCAGUUCCCACCUCUUCCACAGGCAUCCUAGCAUCGUCGUCGCCUCAGAAUGCACGCCUAAGUCUGGCACGUACCAUCUCAACCCUCUCAGAGCGUGUCCCCCUCGGAGCCGUAUCUAUCCUGAAUCUUCCCGCAAAUGGCGAGAUUAUUCGAAUGGGAAGGUCUUCUAAUUCCUCACAUCACCAAUUGUCUGCAAAUCGCCUAAUAUCGCGUGUACACGUCCAGGCCGCGUAUCACGCUCCGAGCGCGUUGUACCCACAUGGCUAUGUUGAGAUCGUGUGCUUGGGUUGGAAUGGUGCAAUGAUACAUUCCCUAGGCCGUGUGCACGAAUUGAGCAAAGGGGAGACGUACACGUCGGAGAAUCCGGACGCAGAGAUCAUGUUGGAUGUUCAAGAUGCUCGCGUAAUGAUCGCGUGGCCAGACACAAAUGGAAGGAAGCUCUCAUGGGACUCGGAGACUGGGGAAGGAACAUGGAACGAGGACGAGUCUCCGAUACGCCGAUCAACCCAGGACCACUUCGCCUCCAGCCCUCCUGUCAUUCCGAGGUCGCCAGUCUCUCAGAGCCCGAUUCGACUGCCAAGUUUCGUGGGGUCCGCCCAGCUAGCCUCCGUCCAAGUGUAUGAGGAUGUUGACGCUGCUGACGAGGAUGCUGCAAGCCCUAGCCCUACGCCUGCUAACAAUGAGACCUUUCUCCGUCCAGCCCUUUCGCGCUCUAUUUCUGCCCAAGAUCCCAAAACUCAAAUUAGCAUUCUGUCAUCUUUUGCAGCAGAUGAUUUCUCCGAUGGUGACGAAGAGAACGACCCUGUCGUGCUCUCAUUCGGUCCCUGCGGAGACAACCUUCUCCCUCGCCUCGCGUCAUUCUCCACAACCACCCCAACUCGGUCAAUAAACCCUUCCCAGCGACGCCGUAAACCCCUCGUUACCUCUCAGUCUCCCCAACAACGCUCAAGCUCCGAGUCCCUAUGCUUCAAGGAAUCACCCAUCAAAAAUCACGUCAUCAAUCAGCUUGCGUUCUCCCGUGUCCAUUCUAUCCCCCUCUCUGGCAUCCAUGGCCAGCUCCCCGCAGAGCUCAAGGCAUGUGCCCGCAAAUCGUCAGGAGACAGGAGCGCAAACAGCAGUGAAGCCUCUACUCCGACUCCCCAGCUCACCACGCAAGACCUAAAGAAGCUCAUGGAUGACAUACCUUGUAUUGGUGAGAUUCCUCGAUUGGGAAAGGACGCGGCCGGCAAGCCUCUCGAGAGUGAGUUCUACUAUCUUCCAGAGAUGGAUACGGAUCAGAUGAGGCGUGACGCUGUCACUGGUGGCAUGGGCGGGACUGGCCUCCGAGCUGUUAGGAAGCAACAUAAGCAAUACUAUUGGAAGCGCCCACGACACUAG